AGUUUAGGGAAAUGAAGACAACACGAGAGAACCGGAUGAGGUUUCGCCGUUAUUGUUAAACUGUGGCAGCUUUCCUUGUCUGGUUUUGUUGGUUCCUUUCCUCGUUCGUCCUUGAGGAGAGAGAGAGAGAGAGAGAGGGAUCGAAUCUUGGGUUGUUCGGUUCGGUUUCUUGCUUGCAACGGCGGCGGCGAGAUCGCCGACAAAGAUGCGAGGUAGGAGAUGUGGAAGGAGGUCAGGGACAGGGAAGCGGGUAAGUUGCCCCCGAUCACAUUCGCCAGCCGUGUCCGCUCCCGUCGCGUUUCCGCCCUCGGCCUCUCCAACCACAAGGAGAUCGUCAGCCCCCACCACGGCGCCGUCAACGCUCUUCAGGUUGACUUGACAGAGGGGCGAUAUCUACUUUCUGGAGCAUCGGAUGGAUCAGCUGCUGUUUAUGAUAUCCAACGUGCAACUGAUUAUGAGGAAGGUCUGAUUGCGAGACACAGGAGUCUAUUUGUGGUUGACAAGCAACAUGAAUAUGGACAUAAAUUUGCUAUAUCCACUGCCAUCUGGUAUCCAGUAGACACAGGCUUGUUUGUCACGGGUUCUUUUGACCAUUUUGUCAAGGUUUGGGAUACAAAUACGACUCAGGGUGUCAUGGAUUUUAAAAUGCCUGGAAAGGUUUAUGGCACAGCAAUGUCUUCAGUAGCUAAGGCACACAUGCUUAUUGCUACUGGGAGUGCAGAUGUUCAAGUUCGUCUCUGUGACAUUGCUUCUGGAGCAUUCACUCAUACAUUAUCGGGUCAUCGUGAUGGAGUCAUGACUUUGGAAUGGUCUACUUGUAGUGAGUGGAUUUUGAUGACUGGGGGUCGCGAUGGUGCAAUACGUUUUUGGGACAUUAGACGUGCAGGAUGUUUCCGUGUUUUAGACCAGUCACAAUGUCAGCUUGGAAGGCGACCUCCUUUCCUUGAAAACACAUCAAAAAAGAUUGUUGCAAGGACAUCCCUUGCAGGGUCGUCUUCUUUGGAUAAUAAGUCUGUAUCUAAGAAAAAAACUCCUCUUGGUAAUGGGAUGAAACAAUCGCAAACCCUUCGUAAGCCUCAAAAUCUCUUAAGAAUGCCUGUGCGGCAGAGAUCACAUCCUGGAAUGUCUUCUAGUCAUGAUCGAGCAACAGCUCAUUAUGGUGCUGUGACUGGAUUAAAAGCAAGUGGAGAUGGCAUGUAUCUUCUGAGCUCAGGCUCAGAUGCACAAUUAAGAUUGUGGGAUAUUGAAUCUGGCUUGAACAUCUUAGCCAAAUAUGAAGAAAUGCGCCCGCAGACUACCAAAUCAUUACAUCUGGCUCUUAACCAAGACUCAUCUCUUGUGUUUGUUCCAUGCAUGGCAACUGUGAAGGCAUGUGAUGUGUGGUCCGGCUUGACACUCCAAACGUUUCGUGGUCACUAUGAAUUAGUUAACUGCUGCUAUUUCAAUCUGCAGGAUCAGGAGCUGUAUACUGGGAGCAAUGAUCGGCAAAUUCUUGUGUGGUCUCCCCUCAGUGCAAUUAUAAAUGACUUGGUAUCGCUUCACAAACAUCUCUACUCAUCCAAUCAUAAAUUACUGUUUUUAUUUGCUGAUUAACACAGAAGUCUACUUUUUUUUCGUAUGAAACUUUGAGAAGUGCCCACCAUGAUUUUUUUGCGUUGUUUUGUUUUAGUAGUAAGUAAAAUAUUUUUGCAUAUUAAGGCUUUUGGUGUUUGUUUGGUCUUUUGAUCAAACGCAAAGAGAAAUGUCAUUGUCGUUGUGCUCAUAAAUCUUUUGUAGUUUCAACUUUCAAGAGAGAAGAAUUCUCAUCGUUCCUUUUCCUUUUACCCUAAUCUGUUCAACUGCUGUGACGUAUACUUUUGUCUAAAAUGGAAUACUAUCGAAAUGUCUGACAUGUGCAGGAAGAAGAUAAUAGAAAAGAAGGAAAAUUUUCAGCAGAUAAAGAUAACUGGAGCGACUAAAAAUGCUGCCUUUUCAUGAAUUUUGCUGUAAUUAGAAGUUUUUUGGUCUUUGAAGACAGACAUAGAUGUAGAGAUAUGCAAUUCUGGGGGUUUACAUGGUCUCUAUUCAUUGCUAUGUUGUGUAACCAAACUAACACGUAAUAAUACUAGUUCUUAUGGCAACGAUAAAAUGUUUCUUUA